AACUCAGCACUACGAAUGCAUCAUUUCUACCCGGUUCGAGCCCCUCGAUUUCACACGGAGCCCACUGCUAUUAGUCACAUUUUCUGCAGGCCAUCUAGUUUGCCCUUCUCUUCCUAACACGGGGAAGACGUGACUGUACGAGUCGUAUUUCUCCCUGCAAAGCUGUUGGGCUGCGAGGACACAUGCCAGCUUUCCGAAACGAGGAUUAAUGGCCCUCAGGUUGAAGGUCACUCACUAGCACCCAUACGGCUUUCCUCCGCCACGCCGCCACGGACGGAACUUUUCUCCUUCGGGCUACGGAAUCCAGGGGACCACGGAAUUUUUUCUUAGAACAGGAAGUGUUCUGGGAGCGGCUUACAUCCAUGCCUAGUUGGGUUAAACAGUGGCUGGGUUUCGCUGCAUGCGUGAUCAUGCGCAUCCUACGAGGGCUGGCGAAAAACAAGACGCUGCGCUAUGGAGUCCCGAUGAUGCUGCUUAUCAUUGGAGGAUCUUUUGGACUCCGUGAAUUUGCUCAGAUUCGCUAUGAUGCUCACAAACUACACAGCACGGUUGAUCCAGCUCUGGAAGAAAGAAUCAAAAAGAAUAAAGUGACACUGGAAUCUGAAUACGAGAAAAUAAAAGAUGCCAGUUUUGAUGACUGGAAAAACAUCAGAGGACCCCGUCCAUGGGAAGAAUCUAACACACUCCAAGAACAGCAGCGGUAGCAGCUGCAAAGACUUGGCUGGAAGUCAGCUUGAUUUCAUUAAUUGCUCUGCUCAUUAACAGUUCCAAAACUGUGAUUCUCCCCCCCUCCCUGCCCCACCGUGGAUGAGAUAGUUAACUCCACCAAGGAAAUAACUGUUUCAAACUGAUAUCAUGCCUGAGCAGAAGCCUUCUGAAUAAAGAUCACUUGCCAUUC